AUGGGCAAACCGGCGAAGCCCAGCCUCGUACGCUUCGUGUUCAAAGACCUGCGUGCUCCGGACGAGGCGCAUGUUUUGGUUGCGGCGGUGGUCGAGCUCGGUUGCGGCGGUGCAGAGGCGUGUAGAAGCCGCGUGGUGUCCGCUGUUGAUGAGGGCGAGUAUUUGAAUGAUCUCUGGGCGUUGGCUCUUCAAUACAAGUCAGAACGUGACGGGUUGCGGCAUGAUCAAGAAUAUCCGGCGCGCAUUGGACAAUAUUGA